AUGAACAUUAUUCGGGAUCCUUGGUUACCUGACCCUGAAAAUCCAAUUGUUACUUCUUCUCAUCCGGCCUUAUUGGACAAAAAUGUUAGUGUGUUGAUGGUUCCUGGAGAGUUAGCUUGGGAUGGAGACUUGGUGCGAGAUUUGUUUAACAACAGGGAUUCUAAUUUAAUACUUAGUAUUCCCUUAUCUUCAAGUCGGGUAUGUGAUUCCUGGUUUUGGAACUUGGAAAAAACUGGGCACUUUACAGUUAAAUCAACAUACAAAUAUCUGCAAAUGAAUAAGGAAGCAGGAGUUAAUUUACACAGCUCAGGGGUAUGGAAACUAAUUUGGAAAUUACGUGUUCCUCCUAAAGCUAAGGAUUUGUUAUGGCGAGCGACUUCAGAUUGUCUUCCCACGAAAACAAGGCUGCAAUCAAGACAUGUGCCGAUACAGAGCAAUUGUCCCAGGUGUGUUGAUCAACCUGAGACUCCAUUUCAUUGCUUGGUUGACUGUCCUUUUGCUGCACAAUGUUGGAACUGGAGUGGUAUCAUGGUGAAUAUUCAGGGCUAUGUCUCUUUUGCUGGUUGGUUGGAAGCUGUAUUUGAUCGAGUUGAUUCAGCCAUUAGAGAGCAAAUUGCCGUGACCUGCUGUGCGAUAUGGAAAACCAGAAACGAUCUAGCCUGGUCUGAGAAAGUGUCUACAGCCGAGAGUGUAGCUGUUCUUGCUCAAGUUACUCUCUCGAAUUGGUCUCAAGCUCAAGACAGAUCUUUCAUUCCUAUACCAGCUUACCUCUCUGCUGCUGAUGGCUCGGAUAAGUGGCAGAAACCAGCUGCUGCAUUGAUUAAAAUCAAUGUUGAUGCUGCAACUUUUGACAGCAAUGGCACAUAUAGUUUUGUGUGUGUUGCUCGGGAUGCAAGUGGUAAUUUAGUGGAGGCUAUCACAUGUUGUAGGGCUGGUACUGUACAACCAGAAAUGGCUGAGGCCAUGGGGGUUCGUGAAGCUCUAAGCUGGAUUAAGAAGAAGGCUUGGCACGGGGUAGUUGUGGAGUCAGAUUGUCUCUCGGUGAUUCAAGCAAUUCAGAGUAAUCUUCCUUUAUUAUCUUAUUUUGGAAGUGUUAUAUCUGAUUGCAAAUUGUUAUUGGAACAAAUUGGUGAUGUUUCUAUUUAUUUUAUUAAGCGGUCUGCUAAUAGUGUUGCUCACUCCUUUGCGAGGGCUUCCUAUUUUGUUGCUGAUCAUACUCUUUCAAGCAAUGACGUUUCUACUGAUUUGCUUCAUGUAAUCAUGAAUGAUUGCAAUUAA